UUUUUAGGCCAAACCGGCCGUAUAGUAGUAAAAGUGGGCGUGGCAACAGUGCAUUUGUUCAUACAAAUACAUUCAGUUCAGCUCAGCUCUCUCUCUCUCUCUCUCUCUCUAGCUGUCACUCCCUUUCUCCUCAGAUCCAAACCGAGAGAAGAAAGGAGUUCUUGAUAUGGGUCGUGGAGUCAGCAGUGGUGGUGGACAGAGUUCACUUGACUAUUUAUUUGGGAGUGGAGAGGCACCAAAGCCUGCUGCAAACAAACCUGCUCCAAGUGAAGGGCAAGCUGUACGUAAUGGUCCUUCCCCAAAGACUACUGCUCCUUCUCAACCCGUAGAUGUUACUAAGCAGAUUCCAGCUGGUAUACAAAGUAACAUUGCAAAUAACCACUUCAGGGGAGACGGUCAGAACCGUGGCAAUUUCAUUACAGAUCGGCCAUCAACUAAGGUCCAUGCUGCCCCUGGUGGUGGAUCUUCUCUUGGUUACCUCUUCGGUGGUGGUGGCGGUGGAAACUAAAAAUGUGCCAUCAUCCCUUCGUAUUGCAAACAUUGCUAUAUACUUUCCUCUGGAAAUUGUAUUUUGGGAGUUCAUUUUUAUGCAUCUUAAACAGUGUAACCUGCUUGAUCAUGUAAGCUACUAUAUAAGCUGGGAUGGUUUUGCCGGGAUUACUCAGUUGAGAGUACUCAACUUUGCAUGUAAAAAUAUAUGGUAUUCAUCACAGCUCCGUGACUGUACAAAGCAGGGUUACAGUCACUGAUGAAUGUUGUGGAUUUAUCAAUUGUUUAUCAAAUACCAAUUGAGUUACAGAUUGCUGCUUUA